CGAUAUAUUGGUGUUUGAUGUGAAGUGAUGGUAUACUUUUUAUGUCAUACCGUCUGCACACUCCGUGUGAAUGAAGUCAAAUUUUAAAACUUAAAGGAAAAAUCGAAAAAAUUUUAGUCCCAAAGCGACGUGAUACAGUAUAUUAUUGACUAGUUUGAUAAAGUGAUGAUUGAAUAUCAAAAUUGUUCAUAGAAUCAGUGAAAAUAACAAAUAAUGUGUGGUUGGUGACAAAAAGUUAACUUUUUUUAUCGGAGUAAAAAAACGUAAAAACGUACUUGCGACAUGGAUACAUUGUCUUCAACAAUCAGAAAAUGGUGGAAUAAGCCAAAAGCUGACGACAAAUCUAUUCUGGCUAGAUUCUAUUAUGCUGAUCGAGCGCUGACAGCCGUUGCAAGUGAACUGGACAGUUUCGAUGGCAGGGCCGAACCUGAACGUUGUUCCAGGCUUGUGGCUCGAUUACGACAAGGACAGGAUCAAGUAUUGUCCAUUACUAACAUGAUAAUGGACGAAUUACUCGGUGAGGAUCGAACAUCACGGGCGUUUCGUGCAAAAUUUCCCGAAGAAGUUCUGCAGGAAAGUUUUGCCGGUCAGCUGUGGUUCGGUGCGGAAUGUUUAGCUGCCGGUUCGUCGAUAAUGAAUCGUGAGCUGGAAAGUGCUGCCAUGCGACCACUGGCCAAGGCUGUCACGAAAAGUCUGGACAAUGUACGGAAUUUGUUGCGAGAACAAUGUUUGCACAUCAAAAUACCAAAUUCACCGAAAUUGAAUUUGGACAUCAAUGACACGUGCACGGAAACUUUAUGCGAAAGUUUGAAAAUAUUCGAUCGCCUCUUUGCCGAAUUUGAACUGCUCUAUGUCAGCGCAAUGGUUCAAGUCAAGUCAAAGCAGGAGCACGAAAUGCAAGAAUUGAUCUGCGUUCUAUUUUCGGAAACGUUACAAGAAGCGUUGUACAAGGGACUGCUGCAACAGGACGCGGUGGACGUUUUCGAUCCGGCUCUAAUGUUUUCGAUUCCGCGGUUAGCUAUCGUAAACGGCUUAAUUGCACACAACAAAGGACCAUUAAAUAUGUCGAUGUCAGCUGACCAAUUGUCGGAAAUGUUUCGACCGUUUCGGACGCUUUUGAUCAAAAUCAGAGACCUAUUACGAACGUUAACACCAAACGAACUGUACCAAUUGGAGAAACUGCUCUGUACGAAUGAAGACAUUAAUUUGCAAAAUAACUUAAACUGUGAUGAUAAGGUAAAUAGUGACGACGAAUUAGUUAGCAAUGUGAUAAGUGGUUGUUGUGCGAAUAAGGAAAUAGCGAGCUUCUACUCAGUGAAUGAAACGUUGAUUCCGAACGAAUGGGAAGACGAUAAGGAACUGAACGAUAACCUUGUAACGGGCGACUGUGCGUCUUCUGGCUUCCUGAUACCAAACACAAAUUUCGGAAAUUUGCUGCAAAGCAACGAAGCGCCUUUAACCGAUAGUUUCAUAUCAAGUGAUGACGAAUAUCAUUCCAAGAAUGACGUACAUUUGCAUAUGGACGAAGAUCGUACCAAUGGCAACGUGGUUGUCGAUUCGGGCAUUGGCACGGAAAACACCAGCCUCGAUCAGAGUCCCGAUUCGGAGCUUAGCAAUCCAGUGGUCACGGACAAUAGUCGAUGUACGGAGUCCGGUGCAUUAUCGGAGAAAUAUGUGAACAGUUGGAAAGAAUUGCGCGAAAAUCAAUCCAGUUGCAAUCAUCAACAUCACCACACCCAUCGUCCAAAUCAACCCGCUACAGAAACUACCAUACGGAUAUCAUCUACAAAAUUAGCUAACAAUCCAAGUACUAGUCAAAGUCGUAGAAAUAGAUCAAGUAGUAGCCGAUCCAUGGCUCGACGGAAGACAAAUUCAAAAAUUCAUUCCAAACGUGAACAUCAUACCAGUGAUAGUGAUGACAUAUCUUCAAUAUCAGACGCAGAUUCGCAAGAAACCAAUUUGGCGUUGUACGCGAAUGGCAGAAACAAGUUUAAAAGUGUCGAAAACCUACUCCACCGUCUAUUCGUUUGUAUAGCUGGUGUUGCCGACCAACUGCAAACGAAUUUCGCAUCCGAUCUGCGACAAAUACUGCGUAGCGUAUUUCUUAUGAAUAUGACCCAGCCAACUGAUGAUAUCAUUGUGUCGGAAAAAGCCAAAGAUUCCGAUCUGUUCGAAUUUCGAGCCAGCGAAAAUGAUGUGAUCCAGGACAAUGCUGGAUCAAAUCAGAGCAUUUAUUCGGCAGAAGAAGUUAGUCCCGAAUUCGAUGCGGUAUUUCACAGUGUACAGAAUCAAGUGCGCAGUUCCAGCUUAAAUCCAAGCAGUGAUUCGCCACCGAUCGGUCGAACGGGUGAACGAUCGCGCAGCUUAGACGCCGAUUCCGAUGGCGAUCGACAGGAAUAUUCUGUACGUAGCAACAAUAAUAAUGCAUCGGGCAGUAACAGUUCAACGGCUGAUAAUUCACCGAUCAUUCAAAGUCGCAAUCCGAACAAUAACCGUACUCGAACGUGUAGCGCUGAACAGCCACCGCGUUGGAUACCCGACGAUGAGGCACCGCGAUGUAUGGCAUGCAAUUUACAAUUCACCACAUUCCGACGACGACAUCAUUGUAGAAAUUGCGGUUGUGUAUUUUGUGGGGUGUGUUCGAAUGCGUCGGCUCCGUUGCCGAAAUUCGGUUUGAUUAAGGCAGUUCGUCUGUGCCGUGAUUGUUAUGUACGGGAAGUUAGAACUUAAAUAGUUAUUGGCGAUCACAGUGUUGAUGUUUGUCGAUAUAGAAGAAAAAAAAAGUUUUCUGACAUUUGACGACGGGUUUUCUUUAUCUUAAAAUUAAAAUUUAUGUUUUUGAUUUUAGUUUCCUGUAAAUAAUUUGUUAGAGGAAUUAUUAGAGGACAAAAUUGAAUGCAAAAAAUAUAAAUAAAUCCAAACUGGCACAUCUAAAUAUGGAACAGUGUUUUGAGCAAAAACAGAAACAAUUGAAACACAUGAACGGAUUUAAAUAUAACAAAAAAAUGUAAGAGAAAAGAAAACAAAAAAAGAAGAUAAAA